AUGCAGGUAGAUUGUCUAGCAGCGAGGGAAGAAUCGAGCAAAUCCAUUUUUGCCCGAAUACUUUUCAAGAUAUUCAACGAUCAUUUGCCGAUCGAUGAGUCCAUAGGAGGGGCCGAACAGGCGUUUGAAGAGCUGUUGCGGACCAACGAUGGAGAAGCGAUGAUCAGAACCGUUGAACCCUAUUGUGAUCGCAGAAGAUGUGAAGAGAGCGAAGACAUAUGCGUCUCAAGCGAUAAAACUAUAAAUUGUAAAAACGUGGUUAUAAAUCGCACGAAAUGGGAGAACACAUUAUCUCAACAAUAUUAUGAAAGUGCCGUCCGUUUGGCCAACGGUUGGUCUCAUUUAAUAAUUUGUUGUUUUCCGCCCAAAAUCCUACGUCUUAUCAAUUUUUUGGGAAUUUAUGGCAAUGAGAGUAAGGGAUGGAAAAACUUGAACAUUGCAAUGAAUAAUUAUACGGGAAUAUUUACCAAAAUCACCAAGCAAGAAUUCUCGGCGUACCUAUGGUUGGACGCACACAUUUUUUUGGGAACGCCUGAUAUCGAUAAAUAUCAACGAAUUUUAAUCCCAGAACUUAAACUGUAUCCAAACGUACUGGUAUUUCAGGGGAAAAUCGAUCAUGGUAUUGAGUUGUAUAAAAAGUUGCUAGAUCAACCAUUCGAGUCAUGUAAAUCGAUUGUCCAAAUGGAGCUGAUGUGGUGCUAUGCCUUGAAAUGCGAUUUAAAUGAGGCAAUAAAGUGCGCUGAAAAGUUUCGUACCGAGUGCAAAAUCUCACCUGGGUGUGCUACUUAUUGGGAGGCUGUUUUUCGAUAUGCCAAGAGUGUGGACGAUAAUGAUUCAGUUCAACAAUAUAAGGCUACUCUAUUAUUUCAAUCAAUACCAGACAUAAGGAUAAGACGUUUGGGUAAAUCAAUGACACCUGAAAAGGUGGCUGUCGUUAGGGCUGACAAAUACUUUAAAUCCAAUGAAUUCUUAAUAUUACCGGAAGUGGUCAGAAAUCUUAUAUGA